AGACCAUUCUGUAAUGCAAGGAAUCAUUUUUAGAUGCAGAUAUAUCUUAAACGUUGAGGCUGUUUAUGCAAUGCAUGUUACAAACAUGGCGUAUUUAUAAAAUUGACUUGUAUACAUAGUCGAUCGGUCUAAGUAGAGUGAGUGUUAAAUUUAGCUUGGCAUGUUUUCCUGGAUACCCCUGUUCACUAGUGGUUGAUUCUUCCUGCUGCCAUGUUGGAUUGUGAUCCUGAUGCUGUUGGAGUUCUGAUUAAAGUUUAGAUUUUUCUGUCUCCUUGAGAUCUGAGUUCCUGAGACACGCUAAGAGGUAGAGGGGGUACCGAUAUUUUAUUACCGAACUACAAAAACAGCAGACCAUAAACUCUCCACCUUCCCCUGGACUCGAAACAACACCAGCAUCAAUGAGCAGACCUGGAGUCAAGGCCACGCUGACGAAUGACUGAACAUAUUUGAUACAAUUCAUUAAUAUUAUAAAUUGUUUAUUAUUAUUAAUAAAUAAAUAAAUAAAAAUGAACAACCAGCAUCCUCCACCUCCGCGGCGGGUCGCCAAUAACAGUUCGCUGCUCCUGACACCGCAAGAGAACGAUUGUCUCCUGAAUUACCUCGGCAGGAAAUGCAUCACUUUGUCUUCUGCUGUAGUUCAAGUUUAUACAGCUGACCGUAACUCCAUGUGGUCAAAGAAGUGCUGUGGUGUUGCUUGCCUUGUGAAGGACAAUCCACAAAGGUCUUAUUUUAUCAGAGUAUACGAUAUUAAGGAUGGGAAGAUACUGUGGGAGCAGGAACUCUACAACAACUUCUCAUAUAAUCAUUCCAGAUCGUACUUUCAUACAUUUGCUGGUGACACGUGUCCGAUUGGACUCAAUUUUGCUAGUGAAGAAGAAGCAAAACGAUUCAGAGCAGCAGUAGGAGAAUUACUCGGGAGACGGCAAAGGAGAACUGAAAAAAGGCGUGACCCUCCAAAUGGACCUGUCCUGACAAUGGCAACAGUUGACAUAAAAAAUCCAGAAAUCAACAAUAUGCGAUUUAAUAAUUCUCAAGUUAAUAACAUCAUGCCUAUCCACAUUAAGGACAAGAAAAAGGCCAAAGGUAAAAGAAAGAAAUUGACAAAGGCGGAUAUUGGCACUCCCAGUAAUUUCCAACACAUUGGUCAUGUUGGCUGGGAUCCAAAUACAGGCUUUGAUCUGAACAAUUUAGACCCAGAAUUGAAAAACCUAUUUGAUAUGUGUGGAAUCUCUGAGGCACAGCUGAAAGACAAAGAAACUUCAAAAGCUAUUUAUGAAUUCAUUGAGAAGAAGGGAGGUGUGGAAGCUGUGAAGAAUGAGCUGCGCAGACAAGGUCCACCCCCCCCCCACCUCCCCCUUUCUAGAGGAAGCCAUCCUCCCCCUCCCCCUCCACAUAGUUCAGGACCACCACCCCCUCCCCCGGCCAGGGGCAGAGGAGGACCCCCUCCACCACCCCCCUCCAGAGCACCCACAGCAGCUCCCCCACCCCCACCUCCUUCCAGACCAGGUGUAGGGGCACCACCACCGGUGAAGCCACCGCCAAACAGAGGCCACUUCCAUCCACCCCACCCCCCGAUGCAUUCUUCUUUGGCUCCUUCAGGACCCCCACCCCCGCCUCCUCCACCUCCUUCUGCCCCUGUAGGGCUGGGCUCAGGAGGGCCGCCCCCUCCACCACCCCCUCCGCCACCUCCUGGACCUCCUCCACCCGGACCUCCUCCACCCCCUGGACCUGCCUUGGAUGGUGACCAGUCUCCAGUAGGAACCAAGUCGGCCUUCCUGGACCAGAUCAGGGAAGGGGCCCAGUUGAAAAAGGUGGAACAGAGCAACAGACCAGUGUCCAGCACAGGAAGAGACGCACUGUUAGACCAAAUACGGCAGGGUAAACAGCUAAAGACUGUAUCUGAUGGUCCAGAGUCAGCUCCGUCAACACCAGGUCCUACUGCAGGAAUCGUAGGAGCACUAAUGGAGGUAAUGCAGAAGAGGAGUAAAGCCAUUCAUUCUUCAGAUGAAGAUGAAGACGAAGAUGAUGAGGAGGAUUUUGAAGAUGAUGAUGAAUGGGAUGACUAGUUUAUUUCCUACAUAAACAAAAUUAAGACACUAAAUUGUUCAUGUCUUUCUAAACCCAGUUAACAUGAUAAUGUAAAUGUUCUAUCAGUUUGCUGUAUAUCGCUUUUUUCUUCCUCUGUGCAAUAUCUCAUUUAACCUGUAAAAGUUUGCCAUAUUGUAUGUAAAGUUACUCUAUUGGUGUCAUUAAGACAAGUACUCUUGCAGAUUUGAAUUUGUGAAGUAAGGGAUUUCAAGCGUUGAGUAAAACUAUAAAGUUGCACACGUUAACAGGGGAGUAACUUUGAAUACGAUAUAUGAUUAAAUGAGAUUGCACAGAUGAAUAAUAAUAAUAAAAAAACAUAAUGUUCUAAUUGUUAGUCAAUGCAAGAUAACACUAUUUUCAUACCCUACUUUUCUGUACCCUUAAAUCAUUUUCUUAUUAAAAUUCUAGUGUAGCACUACAUAAAAAAAAAAAAAAAGAUGCAGCUCUUAGACUAUUUUGCCCCUUCAUUUGCAAUGCAGCGCUACAUGAAUGUCGAGGCUGUUAUAUUUUUGCACGAUUUUAAAGUAAUUCAAUACAGGAAUACAGUUAUACAUAAUGCUGUGUUCAGCAAUAUGCUUUAAUGGUCUCUAUAAUUCAGUACAGGAAUGCACAGCAUCCUAUAAAUAUCUAUACCGGUUUGUCUCUUAUACUGUAGCAAUACUGUUUUCUGUUGGAGUGAGAUCAUUUGUUUCCAACAGUCACACUGUAUGUCUGUGUUUAUGAAAUUCACUUUUUUUUGUACUGUAGCAGUCAUCAGAAUAAAAUUGUGGGAAGCAGGUCAAUAUUAUUUUUUAAAAUUCCACCUUUUUGUUUAAAAACAUGCAAAUUUACUAUUGCAUAGUGGUUCGUUUUUUUAAAAGAUGCAGUAAAAACAGAGUUAAUCACUUUUUACACCUGUUUGUGUGUUAGAGCUGUCUAACGAUGUAUUGAACCUUUAUGUAGUAAGGAAUGCUGUUUUUAACAGUAUUGUUGUACAUGGAUGAAUGUUACAAUCUUUAUUUUAUUUUUCUUGGGUUUGUGGUGCAUUAGAUACCAUAAUAUCAAACCUUGCAAAUUGGUUGGAAAAGGAAUGGUCUAAUACUAAAUUGUAUACUUAAAUAAAUGUUAAUAUUUACGGAAA